AUGGCUGCUACUAAGACUCGGACAACCCUGAAAUCAAGUGCGGUCCUAAUGGCACAUUUUUUUGUCUCCUCUGGAAUACCUGAUCUUGACAAGACGCUUGGUGGUGGAAUUCCUUUGGGAAGUUUAGUCAUGGUGAUGGAAGAUUCAGAAGCACCUCAUCACAUGCUUUUACUGAGGAACUUCAUGUCACAAAGACUUGAGAAGGGUUUGAGAAUUGCUUGGCAGUACAAGAAGUACUUUGGUGAAAAUCAGUCAAACCUUGAUGCUCAAAGAGAUAACAAACAAUAUUUCUCGAACGAGUUUGACCUGUGGAGGCCAUUGGAUAGACAUUUCUACACCACGCAGCAUGUAGAUUGUAUUAGCACCCAAGACCUACCAAAUCUUGCUCCACUUCAGGAGUGCUGCACUUCGUUUUUGUCACACUUUCCCAGUGACUCGAACAUUGUUUGCACUGGCCGUAUUGCCAUCCAGUCUUUAUGUGCACCCCAAUGUGAAAACUCCUCCAUGGAAUGGGAAAUGCUUUCCUUUAUUAUAGCUUUGAAGACCACUGUGCGGUCUGCAAAUGCAGUUGCUAUAAUUACAUUCCCUUCGUCCCUUGUAUCACCUUCCUUCUGUAAAAGAUGGCAGCAUCUAGCAGACUGUCUGGUGUCGGUCAAAGCAAUCCCAGACGAAGACAAGGAGUUGGCGAAACUCCUCACGGGCUACCAGGAUAUCGUCGGCUUUCUUAACAUAAACAAAGUGCCACGCAUCAACACUCAAGUUCCUGCAGUUCUGGAGGCAACAACGCUUUCGAUAAAGCUUCAAAAACGUCGGUAUUUGGUUUUGGAAUGCUUGAAUCAAGCCCCGAUUGAUGGUUCUCGGGGGAGAUCUUAUGGCACGUCUGGAAGCUGUUCUGGUUCCCCCUCCCAGAACGGCUCCCUUGACUUUUAG